AUGUCUCUUCGUAUCACUCCCUCUACUCAACCAGACUCUACAAAUAAAAGUAUUGCAGAGACAGUCAAUUCUUUCGGCGUUCAUGAUACUUUCCGCUAUGGACCAAAAUCAAUUGCGACCGAUAUUUUGCCAAAGCAUCCAUUAGAGCAUAGACUCAAACAUUGGGAAGAAACUCAAACGAAUUUGAAGUUCACAUUAGAAAGAAGGAUUUACGGUAUCCAUGCUCCAGUUAGACAGCUCAUGGAACGUAGUAUUGUAUCAAGAGUUCAACGCGCACCAAUCUUACCUUCCUCUAAUUUAAGUUUGGAAGUUUUAAUGGGAAAGGAUGAAACAAUCGAUUUUGAAGAUUUCUUAAAUGUUCCGGAAUUGUCAACAGAUAUGAUGGAUAUGCAUGCAUCAAUGGAACAUAAGUUAGGAAUUAAAUUAUAA